UUCCCUCCUCACCCCCCGGAUUCCAUUUCAUCACCUUCCAGGGCUACUUAUAAAGAGAAGGGGGCUAUGGCUUCAGACACCAGGAGGACACAAGCGGCAGAGAGUACCAGUCCGUUCUCAGCUCUGCUGACAAGCACACGCUCCAUCACCUGCUCAGCAUCAUGAAGGUCCCCACCGCUGCCCUUGCUGUCCUUCUCUGCACCAUGGCUCUCUGCAACCAAGUCUUCUCAGCACCAUAUGGUGCUGACACCCCAACAGCCUGCUGCUUCUCCUAUAGCAGGCAGAUUUCGCGCAAAUUCAUCGUUGACUAUUUUGAGACCAGCAGCCUUUGCUCCCAGCCAGGUGUCAUUUUCCUGACCAAGAGAAACCGACAGAUCUGCGCUGACCCCAAGGAAACCUGGGUCCAAGAAUACAUCACUGAUCUGGAGCUGAAUGCCUGAGGGGCUUGGAGGCAGCAAAGAACCCAAAGCCUCCAUGGGUCCUGUGUAGAGCAAGGGCCUAGCCCCCAAACAUUCCUGCCACCUCCAUAGUUUCAUCUCCUAUAAGCUGUUUGCUGCCACAUCCGGAGACUCUCAACUUGAAUUUUAAUUUAAUUUAAUCUUAUUAAUUUAAUCCUAUUUAAUUUUGUAAUUUAUUUAAUUUGUCACACUUGUGU